AUGGUUCAAGACCAUCCUGCUCAGAUACUAGCUGAUACUGGUGCUGGUUUGUCCAUAGUCUCAGAUUCUUUCAUUAGUAAGUACCAAAUACCCACAAAACCCAUAAAAACAAGAUCAAUCCAUGGUGUCACCAGGCACCAACUCUCCAUCAAUAGUUCUGCAAGCAUGCAGGUAUCUAUUGGUACACACAAUCUGGGUGUGGUCAAAGCUUCAGUGGCCGACACUGUGGACUAUGACCUCAUCCUGGGGUUCACUGAGCUAUGGAGGCUCAAACCCACCAUACAAUGGGAUACGGGCUGUCAUGGGCCUGGAUGCUCAAGAAGCAGGAGGGUCAUGGGUUCAUAUGGAAGGAGCACAGGUAUCGAAGACCUAGUCGACACCAGUAGAGAGCAUGGUCGUAGUGCAGUCUCCAUGGAGACCAUGGACUCCUAUGGACUCACAUGCAAAGGAGGGCCAAGCACAGCCACGAGGAGGACCAAGCUCAAGGAGCAGGCACAGCCACGAGGAGGACCAAGCUCAAGGAGCAGGCACAGCCACGAAGAGGACCAAGCUCAAGGAGCAUGCAGAUGGUUACCACUCAGGGGCUCGAGAGACAAGAGCCAAAGGAACUGUCACUGA